GCUAAGCGCGGGCUUGUGCUCCUUGCGGGGCUGCGGGAAUGUCGGGUGGAGCAUCUGGGGAACCCUGGAGCUCCAGGAUACUGGAGGACGGGGUGGGGGGAGGGGGCGCCGCCUCUGGCCGGAGCAGCGGGCGGGCGCUGGAGGGAACAGAGGGAACCUGUGUGGCCAGAGGGGCGGGUCCGCCCCUGGGAGGCAGGGAGCCCCGCCUGGCCCUCGCCGACACCCCUUGGAGAGAGAGAGAGAGGCUCUUUGUCCGGGCUGGGCUGCAGCUGAGGGCGGUGGAGAGGAGUCUCCGGGCCGUUCCCCAGUGUGGUCCCCUCUGGAAGGCCGAGGGGAUGAGGAACUGCGCCGUAAUUCCUUCUGUCCCCCGUCCUCGCAGGUGGUGGGCAGUGGUGGUGCUGGCCGUGCUCCCUUCGCUGGGGGCAGGUGGAGAGACCCCCGAAGCCCCUCCAGAGUCAUGGACCCGGCUAUGGUUCUUCCGCUUUUUGGUGAAUGCUGCUGGCUAUGCCAGCUUUAUGGUACCUGGCUACCUACUGGUGCAGUACUUCAGGCGGAAGAACUACCUGGAGACAGGCAGGGGUCUCUGCUUCCCCCUGGUGAAAAUUUGUGUUUUUGGCAAUGAGCCCAAGGCCUCAGAUGAGGUUCCCCUGGCUCCCAGGACAGAACCGGUAGAGACCACUCCCACUUGGCAGGUCCUGAAGCUACUCUUCUGUGCAACAGGGCUCCAGGUGUCCUACCUGACCUGGGGAGUGCUGCAGGAAAGAGUGAUGACCCGAAGCUAUGGGGCCACAGCCACAUCCCCAGGUGAGCGUUUCACGGACUCGCAGUUCCUGGUGCUGCUGAACCGAGUGCUGGCACUGAUUGUGGCUGGCCUCUCUUGCAUCCUCUGCAAACAGCCCCGGCACGGGGCACCCAUGUACCGGUACUCUUUUGCCAGCCUGUCAAAUGUGCUUAGCAGUUGGUGCCAAUAUGAAGCUCUCAAGUUCGUCAGUUUCCCCACCCAGGUGCUGGCCAAGGCCUCUAAGGUGAUUCCUGUCAUGCUGAUGGGAAAGCUGGUGUCUCGGCGCAGUUAUGAACAUUGGGAAUACCUGACAGCCGGUCUCAUCUCCAUUGGGGUCAGCAUGUUUCUGCUGUCCAGUGGACCAGAGCCCCGAAGCUCCCCGGCCACCACACUCUCAGGCCUCAUCCUGUUGGCAGGCUACAUUGCCUUCGACAGCUUCACCUCAAACUGGCAGGAUGCCCUGUUUGCCUAUAAGAUGUCAUCUGUGCAGAUGAUGUUUGGGGUCAACUUCUUCUCCUGCCUCUUCACAGUGGGCUCCCUGCUAGAGCAGGGGGCCCUCCUGGAAGGGACACGCUUCAUGGGGCGACACAGUGAAUUUGCUGCACACGCCUUGCUGCUCUCAAUCUGCUCAGCAUGUGGCCAGCUUUUCAUCUUCUACACCAUUGGGCAGUUUGGGGCUGCUGUCUUCACUAUCAUCAUGACCCUUCGCCAGGCCUUUGCCAUCCUCCUCUCCUGCCUCCUCUAUGGCCACACCGUCACUGUGGUGGGGGGACUGGGAGUGGCUGUGGUCUUUGCUGCCCUUCUACUCAGAGUCUAUGCCCGGGGCCGGCUAAAGCAAAGGGGGAAAAAGGCUGUGCCUGUCGAGUCCCCUGUGCAGAAGGUUUGAGGGGCCUGAGGGGUGAAAUGAAAUAGGACCUCUCUAUACGGUUUUCCUCUCUUUAACAAAGCUGGGCUGGCUCAAGGGCAAAGUGCAGGUUUUUCUCAGUAUCACAAACCAGAUUUGUGGUUGGAGGUAGGAAGCCCAGGAGGCAGCCUUUCCCUUUGCCUUAAGUCACUUUCCCUCUAGUAAGCAGUGUUCUGAGCCCCAGGGCAGAGAGAUGACAUUCCAGUGUGGAGAGGUUCAGAAGGCAGAGGCAUCUCCCAAAGCCCCUCCCCCCCCUCUACCAACUUCUAGUCUUGCUGUUACUGUCAUGAAGACCUCACCUACCUACAACAGCCCACCCUUUGACUCCCUCCCAGACCUAUGGUUCUUACUCUAGUGAGAAAAGCACAAGUGUAGGUCCCAGAUGCUGCUUUCCCUGGAGAGUGAAAGCUGGUGCUGUGCCUGGGGAAGGGGAUGGCAAAGCCCUGCCCAGCACCCACACCCUUUGCUCUGGAUCCCUAGGCUCUACUCCUUGAGCCAGUUGCAGGUUUGGGUACUUUGGAAUUGUAACUUUUUGAUCUUAUAAUUUUAUUUUAUUAAAUUAAAUUGCUGCAAUAGG